UGGAGGCUACACACCACUCCACAUUGCCAUGCAGUUUGGGCGCGAUAACAUCUUCGAGCUGCUCCAGAAUGUCUACAAAGCCGACCGGGACAUCCUCGAUUGGAGCGGAAAGAAAGCUCUGGACUAUCGUCGGCAGAAGACAGCUGUGUCCGCAUCGACGUACAGCAAAAUCAAGGCAAAGAAAAAGCAAACAGAAAGAGAGUCGGGCUUCCUGCGGAUUGGUUCACUCCGCAACUUUCUGGGAGUGGGCAGCAGCAGCAGCAACAAUCAUCAUCAUGGUACACAGAAUCGCAAUCUGAUCCGGAGUAGUGUCCCAUCGGGGAAGUAUUCCGCCACCUCCUCUGAGCGCUUCGAUAAACUCCACAAAAGCUGGGGCUCGGCCGAUAAUCUUCCUCACAAUCCCUCCAGCAUGCCACCACCGAAGAAUGGGAGCAAGAAGCGCCGUACACGACGUCAUGCCGACUAUGGGGCUGUUCUGCCGAGUGGGGCGGCCGUCGUGGGAAGCCACAGCGUCCCGACGACGCCCAAUCAACCAAGGGCACCAAUGCACAGCUUUGGGGACAACCAACAGGGUCCCCCGUCAAUGGGAGACUCCGAUUCGGAUUCAGCGUGUGGAUUUGACUCCAAUUGGCACGGGAAUGGUCCCCCAAGGUCCGGCUCUUCAGGCUCCUACGGCGUACGCCCGACUUAUAUUUGAGGAAAAGACAAUUUUAAAGAAUUUUUUGAAGCAUUUUUCGGCAUAAAUUUUUUAUUUAGACAAGGAGGUGGUUUUAUAUGCUUUUAUAUCAAAUAUAAAUUAAUAAAAAAUAACUAAAUUGUAGUUAAAAAAA